UUAUUUCAUCAGCCAAGCCAUGCUGCUUGAUGCUGCUGAAGACAAUGUCGAGUCGGACAAGGCUAUACAAGGACACGCCUGACGCCCAAACCGAUAUUUCAUUUCAGAAUUUAUCAAAAUGAGGUCAGGUAAGGGUCAGUUUUAGGUUUUUGCUAGUCGGUUUAAUGACCUGAUAGUCUCCCCCGGUCGAGUCAGACAGCAUCAGGACAGUAGACCGGGAGGUCGAACUACGUCAGAAGGGCUGCUCGGUGUGUCUGACUCAGUGUCGUGGAAAAAAGCGCACAGCCAUUUAUAUCUACGGGUCUCCUGUCUGAAUUGAAUGACUGGUCCUCUCGCUCCCUUUUUAUUGUUAUUUUUUUAUCGGGGCUUUCGAAAGAUAAUUUUACAGCUAGCAAGUUGAACAGGAGUCUACGAAAUAAUGCUGAAGUUCGAAAGUAAUGCCCAAGGAUGCUAAACCGGCUGGCAAGGCUGCAUUGUUCGGAGGAGCCCAAGUCCUUUGUGCUUUCAUCCCUCAACUCAUCCCGUGCUGCUUUGUCUUUAAUUUGCCGUGCGAUACAGACGGUGCCCAGCCCCACGUCCCAGUCCCUCAACUAGAGGCCGACCUGGUCAACAUGAACCUGCAUGGCGCCGGCGGAGGCCUCGACCGCUGCAGGGACAGUGACCGCCGGCGGUCUAGUGACCGCUCCCGAGACAACUCCCACGAGAGGGGCGAGGGUCAGCUGACCCCUUGCAUCAGGAACAUCACCUCGCCCACCCGACAGCACAACAGUGAUCGUGAGCGGGGCGAGGGUGGUUCUUCCUCCAGGUCGUCGAGCCCUCGGCCCCCCAGGGCCUUAAUCUCCGUGGGGCCCAGCUGCAUCGCAGCUAGCAGCAGCAGGAGCAGCCUGUUCAGUACUGAGGCCCACUGUAAGGGUCUGGGUCAUGGACACGUGCACGGUCCCUGUGACCUCCUCUACGUCUAUGAGAACGCCAAGGAGGGGACGCGCACAUUACGGACCGCCGAGAGGGUCACUCUGAUAGUGGACAACACCCGCUUCCUGGUGGACCCGGCCAUCUUCACCGCCCAGCCCAACACCAUGCUGGGAAGAAUGUUUGGAUCUGGGAGGGAAUACAAUUUCACCAGGCCCAAUGACAAAGGAGAGUUUGAGGUGGCAGAUGGAAUCAGCUCAAUGGUUUUUAGAGCCAUCCUGGAUUACUACAAAUCUGGGAUAAUCUGCUGUCCUGAUGGGAUCUCCAUUCCUGAGCUGAGAGAAGCAUGUGACUACCUCUGCAUCUCCUUUGACUACAGCACCAUCAAGUGUAGAGACCUCAGUGCACUCAUGCACGAGCUGUCCAACGAUGGGGCGAGGCGUCAGUUUGAGUUCUACUUGGAGGAGAUGGUGCUGCCUCUGAUGGUUGCCAGCGCCCAGAAUGGAGAGAGGGAGUGUCACGUGGUGGUCCUGACCGACGACGACGUGGUGGACUGGGACGAGGAGUACCCUCCGCAGAUGGGAGAGGAGUAUUCACAGAUUAUAUACAGCACAAAACUGUACAGAUUCUUCAAGUACAUAGAGAAUCGAGACGUUGCCAAAUCAGUAUUAAAAGACAGAGGACUUAAGAAAAUCAGACUUGGAAUUGAAGGUUACCCCACCUACAAGGAGAAGGUGAAGAAGCGUCCCGGCGGCCGGCCAGAGGUCAUCUACAACUAUGUCCAACGGCCCUUCAUCCGCAUGUCCUGGGAGAAGGAGGAGGGCAAGAGCCGCCAUGUUGACUUCCAGUGUGUGAAGAGCAAGUCUAUCACAAACCUAGCAGCCGCCGCUGCAGACAUUCCCCAGGACCAGCUUGUCAACAUGCACCCUGGCCCUCAGGUGGACGAACUGGACAUCCAGCCUCAGCCCAUCUACCACUACGAGCCAGACCCAGACGCCCCCUCACCGGCUGUCUGAGACUGGGCCCCCUUCUCCCUCCACAGAGCACUGGAGCGAGUUUGACAGCAGAAACCAAAUUGCCUUUGCACCUCUUCUGCAGCUUAAUAAGGCAAAAAAAAUGAACUGGUGUAUAUUGUCAACAGCAUAGGAAGGAGAAGCAAAGCACACAGUAAACAAUUGCCUCCUUGCACUGUUUCUUUUUUUAACUGACCAAAGGAGAUCUUUUUUAUCAAGAAUAUUUGAAGUAUUCUUUUCAUUUGAUGAAAAGGUUGUAUCACAAACUUGUCUGUGGGUCCUCCUGUGCUGAGUUAUGGGUGGGGUGUGGUGCUGCUGUGGACAGUUACAAUACUGUAGUUCCUAAAGGGUUUGGUUUUAUCCACGUCUGCUUGCUCCCCCUGUUGAUGUGGUGUGGUGGUGCGGAUGAGAAUGUUACUACAGUAGUCUACCACCAGAGCACCUGGGGAGCCUCAAUAAAUCAUUUUUUAUUUAA